CCUCUCCUCUCCUCACACUUUACUUCCUCAAAAAUCCCCAAGUCGAAAGAGAAACAAAUCAGAACGAAACUAAUCUUCUUCUUCUUGCUCUUGUGAUUCCUUGGUUAAUCGCGAUCCGGCGCGGCCGCCAAUCCUCUUUUUCUCUGCUCUGAAUCCCAAUUCACUAGGGUCUGCUGGUGUUGGAAGCUCGCUAGGGUUAGGGUUUGCGUACGCGAAUCGAAUCAACAAAUCCCCUCUCCGCCGCCUGCCAUGGAUCCCAGCCAGAUGAUGCCCCGGAGCUUCCCCAUGUGGGCGCCGCCGCCGCCCGCGCCCUCCGACGCCAUGCCUCCGCCGCAGCUGCCUUUCCUCCCUCUCCCUCCGCCCAACCGCGGCUGGAAGCGCAAGAACCCCAACAACAACAACGCGUACCAGCCCCCCGCCAUCGGCGACCUCCAGGUGCAGAACCGCGCCAAGGCUCGCCGCUGGUUCAAGAACCCCAACAACCCCAACUCCAACAACAAUCCCAACAACCGCAAGUACUUCUUCCGCAAGCCCAAAGCCGCCGCCCCGCGCAACACCACCUCCUUCAUCAUCCGCGCCAAGCGCGCCGGCGGCAUUGCCUCGCUCGUCUCCCCCUGCCCCGUCACGCCCGCCGUGCUCCCCACCCCCGUCAUCUCCCCCUCCCGCGAGGGUCUCUCUGACAUGGCGCAGGAGCAGUGGGGCGUCGACGGGUACGGCUCCAUGAAGGGACUCAUCCGCCUCCGCAGCUCCCCGCAGCCGCCCAACGCUGCCAACGGCUCUGAUGAUGAGGUUGAGGAGAAUUCCAGUGGCAGUGAUGUUGAGGAGCAUGUUGAGGUGGAGAGGCGGCUUGACCAUGAUCUUAGCCGCUUCGAGAUGGUAUACCCUGGGAGGGGUGAGGAAGCUGGGGGCUAUUUGCUUGAGGAUGAUGAUGAGUAUGACCAGGAUGUGCAUGUGGCGCGGCUCGAGGAGGAAAACCUCACCUUGAAGGAGAGGCUCUUCUUGAUGGAGCAGGAGGUGGGCGACAUGAGGCGCCGUCUGGAGGCGAUUGAGGCUCGGUUUUCAGGGGCUGGUGGCGGUGGUAGUGGUGAGAAUGUGGUCGUCGAGGCUCCGGAGAAUGGCACUGAGAGGGCUAAUGCUGUCGGUGUUGCUGACGAUGCUGUUGAGGUGGCUUUGGAGAAUGGCACUGAGAGGGCUAAUGCUGUUGAUGUUGCUGACAGUGCAGUUGAGGGGGCAUUGGAGAAUGGCAUUGGGAGGGCUAAUGUUGUUGAUGUUGCUGACAAUGCAGUUGAGGGGGCAUUGGACAAUGGCACGGAGAAGGGUGAUACUGAUGGUGACAAUGCAGUUGAGGAGGCUUUGAAGAAUGGCUUGGAGAGUGCUGUUGGUGCUGACGACGUAGUUGAGGAGGGUCUGAAGAAUGACACCGAGAUGGGUGAUGCUGACAAGACAGUUGAGCAGGCUUCAGAGAAUGGCACGGGGAGGUUUGAUGCUGCCUCAGGUGCUGAUAAUGCAGUUGAGGAGUCUCUGGAGAAUGACAUGGGGAGUGCUGCUGUAGAGCCAGAGAAGAGCUGCAACGAUUCAGAGAAGAAUGCAGAGAUGAUUGAUGCUGGGAGCGGCGAGGACAAUGGUGAAGAGAGGAAGCAGGCCUGAGGCCGGGGCAAUGGACCGAUGGAAGGGCGGAUGGUUAGUGGAAUGAAAAGGCGGUUGUUACUGUACAUACUUUGUCGAUGACGCCAUGCAACGUGAUCUGGUUUUUGCGGACCGACAUGUUGCGCAACAUGUGGCGCCGACAAUGUAAUCUGUUUCCUGGAGACUAUUGGAGUUAGUUCCCUAUAUUCUGUUGCUCAAGUGUUUAGCUGCUUGUGGUGGUAAAAGUGGUAGAUACAGAGGAAGAUGAGAGUUGAUGAAUCUGUUAUGUUAAGAUGAUGAUUUUGUUAUUCUUACUGUAUCCAGUGUUGCUGUCGCAUCUUGUUAGUUUCUAUCAUGUCUUUUAUGUGAGUUGUGAGUUGCGAAUUGUGACAGACAUAUAUACUCCAUGCAUCUAGUUGAAAAACAGAGAUGUUUGUAUUA